CGGGCCCGGCUUCCGCGUCCACCCCGGCCCCGGCCCCGGCCCCGACUCCGGCCUCAACCCCUCUCCGGGAUCGGCCGCGGGCCGCCCAGCCGCCAGCAACGCCCGCCGAGCUCCGGGUGCCCGGGCCGAAGGCCAUGCCGUGCCGGAGGGAGGAGGAAGAGGAAGCCGGCGAGGAAGCGGAGGGGGAGGAAGAAGAGGAGGAGGAGGAGGAGGAGGAGGGCAGCUUCCUCCUGCUGGAGCAGUCGGUGACGCUGGGCGGCUCGGGCGAGGUGGAUCGGCUGGUGGCCCAGAUCGGCGAGACGCUGCAGCUGGACGCGGCGCAGGACAGCCCGGCCUCCCCGUGCGCGCCCCCGGGGCCGCCACAGCAGCAGCCCCUGCGGCCCCCGGCGGCGGUGCGGGCGGACAAGGCCCGGGCCCCCGGCGUGCCGCUGCUGCCGCCGCCCGCGUUAGCCGAGGCGGUGGGCCCGGCUCCCCCGGGUGCUGUUCGCUGCGCCCUCGGGGACCGCGGCCGCGUGCGAGGCCGGGCUGCGCCCUACUGCGUGGCCGAGCUGGCCGCGGGCUCCAGCGCGCUGCCCGGCCCGUGCCGGCGGGGAUGGCUCCGGGGCGCCGUCGCCUCCCACCGCCUGCAGCAGCGACGAUGGCCCCAAGCCGGGGCACGCGCCGGCGACGACGACCCGCACCGGCUCCUGCAGCAGCUCGUGCUCUCGGGAAACCUCAUCAAGGAGGCGGUGCGGAGGCUUCAGCGCGCUGUCGCUGCGGUGGCAGCCACGGGCCCCGCGGGCGCCCCUGCGCCUGGGGGUGGCCGCAGCGGCCCGGAGCCGGUUGCCCUGCACCCCUCCCGCGCCUUUCUCUAACUCGGCCCCCCCGGAGGAGGAGGAGGAGGACGCCGCUGCGCAGACCCGAAAGCGUCCUGCCCUCCUCUGCCCUGAACCGAAGCCUCCGUCGUCAUCCUGGGAGCAGGCGCCUAGACUGCGGGGCGGCUCGUGGGCCGACUCCAAACCGAGAAGUUACCGGCCCUGGCGAGGCUGUUGGAGAAAACUUAAGCUUGGAGAAAUGUCCCGGCCAGGGCGCGCCCGUGCCGUGCUGCGUGAGCGUUUACCCGACCCUCGGGGCCAAGGACCUGGGAUAAACUGGGACAACUGUGGCAGCUACUUGCAUCGACUCUACCUGACUUAGCCCAUGGGGCGUCGUGUGCUUGGAUUGUUUGAAGAUGGAGCUUGGAGGGGCGGGAAUCGCGAGGGUUUAUAACCAUACUUGAAAACUAACAAUGCACAUAUAUUUUCUCGUUAUUUUCCGGUGGAGGAGCUUACUGCAAAUGGUGCUACAAUUGCUGUGCACAGAAAUGCCGGGGGAGGGGCCACAGGAGAGGGCUUGCUGGGGGGGGGGAGUUCACAUCGCCCCCUGCUGUGCUCCCCACCUCUGGUGGUGGCCAGAGGUGUGCAUUGUGAACUCCAGUUUGAGGACUGGGGAGAAUUCUGAGGGUAGCCAUAGUUGGAUUUGAAUGUGGACUUUUAAGUGUCUUGACCUUGCCACCUGUGGUUCAAGGUUACAGUUUGCUGUGAGUGGAAGGCUUUGGGGUUUCUGAAUUCAACUCCGGGUGUCUCUCUCCUUUUCUUGCUGCAAGAGCUGGGGUCUGUGCUUUGCUACUGCUUGGAAUCUCCCGAGGACACAGGCGGAGAGGCCGUGUGCCGAGUUAUUUGCUUUUUCUGUGCUUUCCUCUUUCCAAAACUCCUCCCCCUGCACGGCAGCUCUUGGCCAUGCCAGGAGCUUUCUCAGAAACUUAGGAACAGUCUCUCGAGUUUCUCUCCCGUCCCGCCAGCCGGCCCUCCGUGUUGCAGCCCCGCUGGUGUCUGGUGGGAUGGCGAAGGGACCCUGCCCUUUCUCCUCUCAUUCCGGCCCUCCCAGCAAGGAAUGUGUCCUCCUGCUGUGCCAGCUCUUUGAGAGUGACGGAAGCUGUUUUUCAAUGUGACUCUCCAGAGGAGAAGCCGCUGGCUCUGCCCUCGUGAAACUUGAUGGCGGUGCUUUAGUAAGGUGCCACCCCCACACUUAAGGUAGCUAAACCAGUUUUUUUUUUUUUUUUUUAAAGUUUCAAUGGCUUGGUCAUCCUUCCGAUGUAGCUAUUGACCUACACUUCGCAACGGAGUGUCUGAAAUUGUGGUGGUCCUGAUUUAUAGGAUUUCUUAAUUAAAAUGUCUG